CUUAUUUAAACACUUAUUUCAGAACAGUCAGGUGUAUAAUAUUAAUAUUUUCAUAUUAUAAAAACUUAGUUUGAGUUGAGACGUUGAGGUAAGGAGUUGUCGAAUAAAUAUUAAGGAACAGAUUCAAUAAUUGAAUUAAAAAUAAACCCCACUGCGUAAUAUAAAAUGUUAAUUAUACAAUUAAGUGCGGUCGUCGCACUUUUAUUCCAUGCAACUAAUGCGAAAGUGUUUUCGAAAUGUGAAUUGGCGAAAGAGUUGAGUGAAAAUUAUGGGAUUCCAUCCCAUCAAGUUGGCAUUUAUGUCUGUAUCGCUGAUCGUCAAUCGGGAUUUAAUACUGAAAUCGUAGGUCAAGGACUCUAUUAUGGGAUGUAUCAAAUGAGUAGUGAAUUUUGGUGUGACAUGUAUGGUCGAGGUAAAGCUUGCAAUUUAAAUUGCAAUGAUUUAUUAGAUGACGAUAUUAGCGAUGAUAUACAGUGCAUGCAAACAAUUAUUGAGGAACAUCAACGAUUAUCUGGUUCGGGCUUUAAUGCUUGGCCAUCCGGUGCUUCAUGUCAAUCAUUAGGAAAUAGCUAUUUAGAAGAUUGUUCAACUCAAUCCAAUCAAAUAAGCAGCACAUAUAACAACAACAACAAAAAAGCGGCAGCUACGACACAAAAGAAGAAGAAAUCAGGAAAAGGCAAAGUUUACGAACGGUGUGAAUUGGCAAAGGAAUUAAGUGAAAUCUAUGGUAUUCCGUCACAUGAAAUCGGAACUUAUGUUUGCAUUGCCGAACGUCAAUCAGGAUUAAAUACACAAGCAAUUGGAGAUGGGCAAUAUUAUGGAAUGUAUCAAAUGAGCAGUGAAUUUUGGUGUGAAACGUAUGGCACAGGCAAAGCAUGUAACAUAAAUUGUAAUGAUUUAUUGGAUGAUGACUUGAGUGACGAUUUACAAUGUUUGAGAACAAUAAUUGAGGAACAUCAACGUUGGUCUGGGAAUGGAUGGAGUGCAUGGCCAAGCGGUGCUUCAUGUCAAUCACAAGGAAAUAGUUACAUUGCAGACUGCUCAAUAGAAGAAUCUAAUCAAAUAGGUACUUCGUAUUAUAACAAUUACAAUAUUAGAAAUUCAAUUUCAACACAAAAGAAAACAUCAGGAAAUGUCGGAAAAGGCAAGGUUUAUGAGCGCUGUGAAUUAGCAAAAGAAUUGAGAUAUAAGCAUGACAUUCCUAUGGAACAUAUAGCAACGUGGGUUUGCAUUGCAAAGCAUGAAUCAGGUUUUAAUACAUCAGCAAUUGGUCGAUUAAAUUGGGACGGCAGUGAAGAUCAUGGAUUAUUUCAAAUAAGCGAUUUAUUCUGGUGCGGUGAGAAUGGCAAAGCAUGUGGAUUGACAUGUGAUGAGUUGAGAGAUAAUGAUAUAAAAAAUGAUGUUGAUUGUAUUAAAAUAAUUCAUAAAGAACACACAAGAUUAUCUGGCGAUGGAUUCUCAGCAUGGGCUGUUUAUCCACGUUGUAAAGGUCAAUCGGAUAGCUUCAUUAAUGGAUGUUUCGAUGAAUCGGAUAAUGAAAUUAUACCAUUUAAACCACAGCCAGGAAUUAAACAACCAGUUACGUCUAAUUAUCCUGUACAUCAUCAUAAGUCGGCAGUUGGAAAUGGAAAGGUUUAUGAUAGAUGCGAAUUGGCUAAGGAAUUAAGAGACAAACAUAAUAUUCCAAUGCAUCAAAUUGCUACAUGGGUGUGCAUUGCUAAGCACGAGUCAAACUUUAAUACAUCAGCGAUUGGACGACUUAAUUGGGAUGGAAGUGAAGAUCACGGUCUGUUUCAAAUUAGUGAUAUUUAUUGGUGUGGCUCUAACGGUAAAGCCUGUAAUGCACAAUGUUCAGAAUUUGAAGAUAGCGAUAUAUCUGAUGAUAUAAAGUGUAUUAAAAAGAUUCAUCAAGAACAUACUGGCUUGUCUGGUGAUGGAUUCAAUGCGUGGACAGUCUAUAAACCAAAAUGUAAAGGAAAAUCAGAAUCCUUUAUAAAGGGGUGCUUUGAUGAUUCUUCAAAUGAGAUUCUACCUAUUAAGCCGAAACCAGGAGUUCAUCAGCAUAAAGUUGAAUAUACUAAAACAUCAGAUCAGAGGAAGCACUUCGAUAAAAUCCCAGGUAAAGGAAAGGUCUAUAAUAAAUGUGAAUUGGCUCAAGAAUUACGGUACAGACAUAAAAUUCCAAUGGAACAAGUCGCUACAUGGGUCUGCAUAGCAAAGCACGAAUCAAAUUUUAAUACAUCAGCAAUCGGUCGUUUAAAUUGGGAUGGAAGUGAAGAUCACGGAUUAUUUCAAAUAAGCGAUAUUUAUUGGUGUGGUUCGGGUCAAGGAAAAGGUUGCGGACUGUCGUGUGCGGAAUUAGAAGAUAGCGAUAUAACUGAUGAUGUUCAGUGCAUGCUUAAAAUUCAUGAAGAGCAUACAUACUUGAGUGGAGAUGGGUUUACAGCUUGGGCAGUUUAUAGACCACAUUGUCAGGGAAAAUCAACGAGUUACAUCAAUGAAUGCUUUAAUAAGGAUGAUGAUAAUUCUAUUCCAAAUAUUCGUCCAGCAGUUACACAGCCUAUUACAACUACCACUUACAGAACAACUAAACAACCUUCAACAACAUCAACAACUAAAAAACCUACAACAACUUCAACUAAGCAGCCAACAACAACUUCAACAAUCAGAGAGUCUACAACUUUAACAACUAAAAUAUCCACAACUUCAACAACUAAACAACCAUCGACUCCUAAAUCAUCUACAACAUCCAGACCACAAACAACUAGUACAACGAAAAAGCCAUCAAGCACAAGCGUGACAACUCAAAAAUCUACACAAAAAAAUACCCCGACAACAGUAAAACAAUAUCAAGUUACAAAGAGAACCGAGCCGAUUACAACAACUGAAAAAACUUAUGAUACAACGCUACCCGAAACAACAACGAUUUCCGAGUGGGUAACAACCAAUAAAAUUUUUACGCAAGCUAAAACCACGCUUAGUUCCGAGAAGAAAUCAUCAAUGCCUAAAAAUGUCAACUCAUUGCCAACUGUGAAGCCUUUUAACAUAUUCGAUCUUUACUUCAAGUCCUUUACGACAAAAAAUAGCAAUAUAACGCCGCAACAAAAGAGCAUUGUUAGCAAGACAUCAACUAGUAAGCCACAAUCAACAAAAAGUUAUGGUAGCACAACAAAUAAAUCGGACAAUAGAUUGAGUGAUCAAACAACAACAAAAUCAUAUCGAGUGCCCUCAUCAUCUACGGUGAAAAAUGUUUAUAGCACCAAUUUACCGACUAUUAAUCUUAAAACAUCAAGCACUAAAAAGCCAAUAACUCAAACGACACUAACAACACAACGAAACACUGCUCAAACAAAACAAACAUCUGCAUCGACUGUAAGGAACUCAAUUAGUCAGACAAAGCAGCAGACAAUUACAACAACAACAAGAAAAUCAACAAGCAUUAAGCCUAUUGGUUCACAAUCCUCAAAAACAACAAAGGGAAGCGCGGCAAAGCCUUUUAAUGUGUUUUCUUACUAUUUAACAGAUUAUACCUCAAAAGCAACACCAAUUGAGUACAAACCAAUUCAGUUUAGUGACAAAUCGACAGUAAUUUUUAAGAAACCUGAUAACUUCCUUACACAAUUUGACAGCGAUUCUGAUGUUUUGUCAGUGAGAAAUGAUUUCAAGGCUUCAACAGAAUCUCCUAAAUCUUACGCAUCAACUAAAUCUCCGUCAUUCUUCAACAACUUUCCCUCAUAUUAUUUUAAUAGUGGCGUAGAUCACAAUCGAAUAGGAAGACUAAUAACGCCGCAUAGUAUUGAAUACUUGUUGAGACUUACUACUCCAAGGACAUACUACGGGUAAAACAAAUUUACAAGUUUUUCUCCUUUCAAUAAGUGAAUAUAUUCCCAUUUAUCAUAUUCUUUCCUAUAUAAUCUGUUCAUCUUAUACACAAAAGUCGUGAAAGAAUUAAAACGAUUGUUCUUGACAUGCACAAAAGUACGAAAAUAAAAGUUAUGAAAUGAUUAUGCAAAGAAAAUUAUUAA